AUGGAAGAUAUUGAACGUAUUGCCGUUCCGUUUCAAUAUGCUUUGGUGGGUAAGUUCUCGAGGGGCCGCCCAAAUAUGGAUGAUCUGCGAAAAUUUUUUCAUGCGCUUGACUUGACGGCCGAGUUUUCUCUUGGGCUGUUGGAUCGGAGACACAUAUUGAUUCGUUUGGCUAACGAGGCAGAUUACUAUCGGGUGUGGUCGAGGGGAGUCUGGAGUAUUAACAAGGCUCCCAUGAGAGUAUUUAAAUGGUCAAUUGAUUUCCAUGUGGAUAGGGAAGCAUCGAUUGUUCCAGUCUGGUUUGCUCUUCCUAAGUUGCCAGUUCAUAUCUUCCAUAAGGAAUGUCUUUUUUCUAUUGUUGGAUGCUUGGGACGUCCCCUUUGUGUGGAUGCGGCGACGGCAAAGGGAUCUAGGCCAAAUGUGGCUAGAGUUUGUGUAGAAGUAGAUUUACUGAAGUCAUUGCCAAGUAGGGUGUGGAUUGCGUUUGGGGAGAGGAUGGGCUUUUGGCAGCCGCUUAUCCCAAAAAAUUUACCAAAAUACUGUGAACAUUGCUUCCACCAGGGGCACGGUGUGGCUGAGUGCAGGAUUAAGAACCCGGGCCUGAAGGUCUCGCGGUCAUCGCAGGCAACCGCUGGAACGAGUGAUGCUCCGACUGGUGCAGCAACAGCAGCAACAACGCAGAUAGAAACGAAGGUGGACAAGCUGAAGGAUGGCUUGGUGGAGGACGGGGAAGCGAUGGUUGGUGCUAGAGCCAAGCGAAUUCCACAGGGUAAUGCUGAUGACUUGGGCAGAGUGGAGGGAGUAGACACAUCAGGGGCAGAAGGGCAGAUGUCGCAAGCCAUGGUGACUUCCAUGGAGAACCAAACAGAUAGGCACAAGCUCAGUAAGGCAGUUGGGGGGAGUGAUCCUUCACCAGUGGAAGGCGGUGGGGAUGAGGACGGCUGUGGGGAGCAUGGCUAG